UAGGUUCAAAUCUUCUUUACAGUAUAUAUAUAUAUAUAUAUACAGUAGGUUUACUUACAAUUGUUUGGAUCCAGAAAACACACAUAUCAAUCUAGUCAUCAUCAAAUGUAUUGUAAUUGUUCAAAGACAGGAAGUAUAUCAGCAGUCAUCAUAUUUUGACAAUUGAAUGCUAGCAAUAAUGCUAGAACUAAGGCAUCUCUCAGUCAUGACACAAAAUUAGUUCCGUCUUCAGCUAACCACUUCUCAGUAAAGUUAGUUGCCUGAGCACCACUAUGAGUUUGCAUCAUCUACAGGAUAUCCUGCUUGGUGGUGAACAUGUCUGCAGCACAGAUCAAGCUUUUAGGAGUAGUGGCACUCCUCUGUUCAAAAAGGAUAAUACAUUAAUGAUCUUGAAAAAGGGUCCACAGUGUUCAAUAAACUAAACCUGCAGCAUGGAUUCCUCCAGCUUCCUGUAGUGUUCCAAGCAUUCAUGAUGCACAGGGGAUGUGCAGGUACAAAUGCAUGCCAUUUGGACUUAAAUCUGAACUCAGCUAUGCAGUAUAGUUUGGCCACAUCUAUCCGCCCACACCACCCCCCACCCCUGCCAAAGACAUCUGUUGGAGAAAAAAACCCUGCAGAUAUAGGUUCCCUUGCUCUUGACCUUGUUAAGAGACACUACAGCCCCCAGAACUACUGUCACACCAGUGUCACACCCAGAGAGACAACUCAACCCAGUUUGACAGGAUGAAUAUCACUGGAUUUCCUGUUAACACAACGGCAGGGGGGAACAUCACAACCAUUCCCUUCAGCUCUGUGAGUGUUGAGAAUGGGAAUUCAUCCAGUUACUCAUAUGAGAACUCAUCCAGUUAUGCAUAUGAGAACUCAUCCAGUUAUGCAUAUGAGAACUCAUCCAGUUAUGCAUAUGAGAACUCAUCCAGUUACUCAUAUGAGAACUCAUCCAGUUAUGCAUAUGAGAACUCAUCCAGUUAUGCAUAUGGCACACAUUUUGCAAACACAUUUGACGUAACCACAUACGACUAUGGUGACUAUGAUGAUGGCGUUUGCAAGUACAAGCCACACGGAGCCAGCUUCCUGCCAGUGCUGUACUCUCUCUUCUUCAUUCUGGGGUUUCUGGGGAACGUUCUGGUCCUGUGGGUCAUCCUGCUGGGGGUGAAACUACGCAACAUGACCGACGUGUGUCUCCUGAACCUGGCCUUGGCAGACCUGCUCCUAGUCUGCACCUUGCCUUUCCUGGCACACCACGCUACAGAUCAGUGGGUGUUUGGUGACGUCAUGUGCAAAGUGGUCCUCGGCGCCUACCACAUUGGCUUCUACAGUGGCAUCUUCUUCAUCACCCUGAUGAGUGUGGACAGGUACCUGGCCAUAGUCCAUGCUGUGUACGCCAUGAGAGCUAGAACACGGAAGUACGGGGCCAUCGCUGCCGUCGUGACCUGGCUGGCUGGAUUCCUGGCCUCGUUUCCUGAGGCACUGUUUCUUAAAGUGGAGAAACACAACGAGAAAGAAAAUUGUCGCCCUGUCUAUGAUGACAGGGCUUUGGUAAUUUUGGGCCUUUUCAAAAUGAACACACUUGGUCUGCUAAUCCCCCUCGUCAUCAUGGGGUUCUGCUACACACAGAUAGUGAGAAGGCUGCUCAGUCGCCCAUCCUCCAAAAAGCAGGCCAUCAGACUCAUUCUCAUUGUGGUUGUGGUGUUUUUCUGCUGCUGGACUCCGUACAACAUGACGUCAUUUUUCAAGGCCUUGGAGUUAAGUGAGGUCUACUCAAGCUGUGAGAGUAGCAAAGCCAUCAGACUCACUCUACAGAUCACAGAGGCCAUGGCCUACUCCCAUAGCUGCCUGAAUCCCAUCCUCUAUGUGUUUCUGGGGCAGAAGUUUAGAAGGCAUCUCAUAAGACUGAUUAACAAGGUUCCCUGCAGGCUGUGUCAGUUCAUGAAGAACUACCUGCCCCGGGACUUCAGAGCCUCGAGGACAGGAUCUGUCUACUCACAGACCACCAGCGUGGAUGAGAGGUCUACUGCCGUGUGAACAGAAACUUAACUGCAAAGACAAAUACAUCUAACAUCACAUAUACUGUUCAUUCCAAAACAUAUGUAAAUACCAAAUCCAGUGUCAAAUACAAUCAUCCGAAAAUAAUAGGCUCUGAUUCAGGUGCAUGGCAAAGUCAGGAAAUUGUCACUCAUCUCAGAGUUUCACACCAGAGGGUUGAUUUUUACAGAAAUCAACCCAAUCAAUAUAAAUUCCACAAACCAUUUAAUUUCCCUUUGUAUAGUAUUUUCUCUAGUACAGUAUAUCUAUUUGAAUAUCUUUGGCACAUUUUGCAAUGUCAUAAUUUUCUUAUAAAAUGUAUUGUAAAUCUGCUAGCACAUGUCAAUACAGUGAUACUUUUUGAUUCUAUGUAAAUAAAUCUAUUACAGUAACUUCA